GAACAGAGUUAUGCUGUAGGGUAAAAUGUUAAUGUCAUUUUAUGUGUUUUAUUUGCAUGGACACUUGGGCAACAUAGUAUUUGAUGAACCAGAUUUUUUUUUUGAAUUUCAGUAAUGCAGGCUUCACGAGGCUACCCCAAGGUUCCUCCUCCUCCCAACAGAAUAGCCCAACUAGUGGAUUGGAAAGAUCAUGAUGUAUCUAACUUCCAAAGUAUUUGAGACAAAAAAAUUAAAUCAACCAUGAAACAAGAGUCCCUUCAGGAUGUAGCUGUUCUGCAACCCAUAUUGUUUUUGUUGCUAAAUCAACAAUUCCCAGUAUAUUGUGUGAGGUCUUGCAAAUUUGACCAAUCCUGCACUAUUACCUCAUAAAACAGUCAAAUUAUCGCAUACCGAUCACCACACAAAAAAAAGAGAGCUUACAAUUUCAACCAAUCACUGCAAAUGUACUGCAUAAUAUGGUCCAGUUAAGCACACAUCAACAGACUUUUCCCUCGUCAGUGAAUUUUUGUAACAAAUUGGACAAAAUCCUCACAUGUUGCCAUGUGAAAUGUCAGAAUUGCUGCAGCGAAAUCCUGGAUGGACUGAAGAGAUGAGCAGGUUUCAACCAUUGAUACAGGGAGGUGAGGAGGAAGAGGAGGAGGUCCCUCCAACGGCUGCUGGGCCCAAACCCAGUCCUACUGCCGACACCACUGCUGCAGAAGGGGAGCUGCAGGAAGGAGGGGGGAAGGUAGAGGGUGAGAAAGGUUUGAGUAAAGAAGUGAAGUGUGAAGAUAAAGGCAACCUGGCAGGGGAGAGGCAAAGCGGGGAUGGACAGGAAAGCACCGAAGACUCUGAGAAUAAAGGUGCUAAACCAGGCCAGAAGCUGGAUGAUGACCAGGAUCGUAAUAACCCAGCCUAUAUCCCCCGUAAGGGAAUGUUCUUUGAGCACGACGUCAGAGGAAACGCACAGGAGGAGGAACGGCCGAAGGGUCGUAACAGGAAGCUGUGGAAGGAUGAGGGUCGCUGGGAACACGAUAGGUUCAGGGAGGAGGAGCAGGCGCCCAAGUCACGUGAGGAGCUGGUUGCAAUCUACGGCUAUGACAUCCGCAACGGAGGUGUCUCCAAUGAGCGGUCCUAUAGACAGCGCAAGCCCAGACACAGCACCUCUCCAGUCCGGGACAAGCGCUGGCGGGACGGAGACGGGGAGAGGCCCAUCCAUACCUCCUGGCAGCAGGGAGGGAACCCCAACAGCCGUAGCACUCCCCUAGCCGUGGCCCUGCAGCAGUCUGGUCCUCCCCCCUCAGAAGCCCCCAACACCCAGCGCAACAACAACCCCCCCAGGCCCUCCUCCCACCCCCCACCCCGGGGCUUCCAGGGCAACCGCCCCCCCCAGGCCCAGUACAGGAAUGACAGAAACCAGGAGUCUCAACGGCCAGGCCCCAAGGCCGAGCCCCUCCAGACCCGGAGCCUACCGCCCAUGGACGGGGAACGAGGCCCCAGGGGCCGGGGGAACAGAGGGGCCCAUACGGAGCGCAGCUCUUCGGUAGUGGUAGAAGAGAUCCGCAGCGAGGAGGAUGACGAGCGCAACACGACAGUGACAACGUCUCAGUCCGUCUACCACAAUCGCCACUACAGUGGCAAGGGAGAUCGAGAAAGGGACUCUGCGCCACGGCGACAGGAGCAGCAGCGAGGGGGAUCUGCUCCUCCGGCAGACAACCCGGUUACCCGCGAUGCCUCCCCGGCUCCGGAGCGGCCCGUGGAGAAGAAGUCGUACUCCCUAGCCAGGAGGACUCGCACCCGGGCCACUGAGCUGGACAAGCAGGCCUCUCUUGAGGAGCCUGCCCCUACCGUGUCUUCCUCGGCACUGGCGAGUGAGCCGUGGCAGGGCCCCAGUCAGAGCCAGGGGGAUGCUGGAGACAGUAGCCAGGCGACGGUACUCACGGGGCUGGACCAGGACCUGGCCAGACUAAGCCUGGCUGGACAGAACUGGGCCCAGAACCCAACUUCGUUUCUACGCGCUGAGAUGAGGGGCAUCCCUAACUCUAUGCACAUGGGUGGAGCACCUCCACAAUACAGUAACAUAGAAGAGCUGGGAGCUGGUAACCGGGCAAAGCGGUACUCGUCCCAGCGCCAGAGGCCAAGCCCGGAGCCCGCUCCUCCUAUGCACAUAGGGGUCAUGGAGGGCCACUACUACGAGCCCAUGUCUUACCAAGGACCAAUCUAUGCCCACGGCGACAGCCCCGCCCCCCUCCCACCCCAGGGUAUGCUGGUCCAGCCUGAGAUGCACCUCACCCACCCAGGCCAUCCAGGACACCCAGGUCUACACCCCCACCAGUCGAGUGGCCCCAUGCCCAACCCGGCUCUCUACGCUGCUCCCCCCGUCUCCAUGUCCCCUGGGCAGCCCCCUCCACAGCAGCUGCUGGCCCCGCCCUUCUACCCUCCGCCAGGUGUCAUGACCUUUGGGAACACCAACUACCCCUACCCGGCAGGAGCCACCCUGCCCCCCAUGUACAACCCGCCGGCCCAGUCGCAGGUGUACGGCCAGUCGCAGGUGUACGGUGGGGUGACGUACUACGAUCCAAUGCAGCAGCAAGCCCAGCCCAAACCCUCACCUCCCCGGCGCUCCUCCCAGCCCGUCACCGUCAAACCUCCCCCACCAGAUGUAGGGUACGGCCCGGAGUGAGCCCCAAACCCCCAGCGACCCAACAACCGGACCGGAGUGGGAAGGCCAGUCAGGAGGUCAGAUCCUAGCACGGCGUUCCGAAUGGCUACGCCAGUUGGAAGAGAGCGAUAGACAUGGAGACGGAGUCUGCAAUCGAGGACCAGCACCACAUGUGGAGCGGAUUAGUUAUUUUUAUUUUUGAUGUUAUCCGCCGUGUGUUCAGGUGCCACAAUACUGAAGGGUUGUUGUUUUGGUUCACCUACCAGUGUUUUGCCUCUAAGGGGAGUGCGGUCUUAAAAACCCUAUAAAACGUAACCAUAUAAAACCGUUAACGAAAGCCCUCAAUAACAACUCCUCUGUAAACAUUACGUGACACCCGACACCAAUGACAUUCGUAGAUAUUUGUUCCUUCUAACAAUCUGUCGUUCAACUGUAGGUAUAUUCAUGCAAAAUAUGUGUUUUUAAGCUCGAACAAAUGUUUAGGACUGGCUUAAAUGUGUCAUGUGAGUAUUAUGGAGAGAAUCUAACUGGGAUAGUUGGUCAUUUAUAUGGGUUAGCUAGAGCUGUUUGUCCCACCCACCACAAUCCUGCUCAUUUUCUAGCUAACAUUUACACUCCCCUACGUAUUUAUUUGAACAGUGGAGCAAAACUUUGAAUGUCCCUCUACUCCAGCAUUUUGGAUUUGAGAUCAAAUGUUUCAUACGAGGCGACGGUACAGAAUGUCUCUUUUUAAAAAAUUUUUUAAUUUUGAGCUUCUUUUUUUUUUUAAAUGAACACCAAACAUUUUGAAGAUGUCAUAAAUAUUUGGAUAAAUUCACUUGUGUGUUAAAGUAGUCACGUUUCUGAACACCUCUACAUUAAUGUGGAUACUAUCUUGAUUAAUUAAUUUCAAAACAUAACAGAAUUGUAUGGAAGUACUUUCCAAUUAAUGGUGACAUUCUUUAGUCACCGUAUAAAACAUUUAAAUCUCAAAUAAAGAUGCUGCAGUAUAGAGCCGAAUGUGGGGGGGGGAAAUGUUGCUUCACUGUCCAAAUAAAUACGUAGUGUCCCAUUUUCAUCUCGCAACAGCAUCGUAGGUCUUAGUUUUUAUUUUAUGGUUUCGAGUCUUGUGAACGCACACUCUUUAGAUAAAGAUGAAAAGCUAUAUACAGAUGGUGCUUACUUAUAGCUAGUACCCUACAAUUUCAACUUAUUUUCGAGUUCUCUUUAUACCUUCCACAUUGCCCCGUUUCUUUUAGUUAUUUACGUAAUACUGUAUUACCAGAGAACCAUUUAACCUGGCCUGAAACUGAUGUACUUGACAGUGCUACUGCUUUCUAAUGUAAGUGUAUAUAGAUAAAUGUAUAUUAAAGCCUGUGGUUUAAAUAAGCAGAAAUACUACCACCUUGUUAUCAAAUAUGAAUGGAUAAAAGUUUUUUUUUUAAACGAGGCUAACUCUUGCUUUUGAAAUGGUUGUUUGGAAGUUUGGUGUUUCCAUUUUUUCCCCCUCUGAGUCCUUUUGUGAAAGUGGAGAGACUGGUGAGGCCACUCUACCACUAAAAUGGAUAUGAUUUGUCUGUUUGCAGAACGUACUGCUGAUCCCAAAUGAUUUUCCCUCAAGAAAAUUCUGUUAACUUAGGCUUUCGCCAGGCAGCCAAAUUCUGAAUGUUUUCCACAAUCCGAUAUGUUUCAGAUCUGAUUGGUCAAAAGACCAGUUAGUGUGGGGGGUCAGAAUGGGCUGUCUGUCUAAAAGAAGCCAAAUAUACCUAACAUACAUGCAUGUUAUACAUACAUAGAUAUGAUUGUGAAAGUAAUUCAGUUGGUGCUGGUGGCUGCACACUGUUAUAGUGAGUCUUUUUUUUUCUUUUUUUUUACCCUCCUGUAUCAGUAUAAACUGAAUUGAGUUGUAAUUCAAAGUUUUUUUGUUUAGAAAUGGCUGGUAAGAAUGUUUUAAAUGUUUUAUUUUCUUUGCCUUAAGGAUAAAUUGGUUUGACAUGUUUAAUUUGACUAGACCUGCCAACACUGUGAGGGCUUGUUUGUUUCAUAGAUGUUUAUUAUAUACACAUUUUCUUGAUUGUGGAGCAAGUUUUGUUUAGACUGAGGAACAUUAAACAGAAUCUAGGAAAAAGA